AAAAAACAUUUUACCAAGAUGGUCGUGUUGUAGCAGCUAAUAAACGUGCUAAAAAAUUACGAAAAGCCGACUAUUUAUAUAGCCUGACAAAUCGGCAAAAUGUACAACGGUAUCGGCUUGACAACACCGCGAGGCUCGGGUACCAACGGCUAUGUGCAAAGAAACUGGGCAUCAGUGCGAAAAACCAAAGAUUCCGUGAACUAUCGUACUGAGGAGGAGAUCGCCAAGUUAGACUCGGCUUCCAAUAAGCAGCCAAAUCGUGAGAUCCUCGACCAUGAGAGGAAAAGGAAGAUUGAAGUGAAGUGUGCGGAGCUUGAAGACAGUUUGGAGGAGCAGGGGUUGCCGCGGGAGGAGAUAGCGGCGCGGGUGGCCGCAUUCAGGGCGAAGAUUUCGGAGACCAGCGAGAAGGACGUGCCCAGGGACGAAUUCGGCAGGGUAGCCGUGCGCGAAACGCACGCUGUGGCGGAGGCGCAGCAGGCGAAGAACGCGCGCCUGCGCGACGCGUUCGGCAUCUCGCCGCGCUUCGUGGAGGGAUCCAGCCUGGACCCCGAGCGGCGUGCACGUGAACACGCGGCUAAAUACCCGCUAGUGCGCACGCCGAGUCACGAGCGCGAGGAACGCCCGCAGCCGCCCAAGAAGAAGAAGAAACGAAGCGCAUCGCCUGAAACUAAGAAAUUAAAGAAGAAAAAAUCCAAGAAAAAUAAAAAAGAAAACGAGAGAAAAAUGUUAUGGGAUUUCAUACGUAGGCAAGACGGGAAGAAAAAGAAGAAGCGCUCCAAAUCCCCAGACUCGGAUAGCUCCAGCGACUCGGACUCCAACGACUCCCGCGACAGCUCGGACGACGACAAACGCAGAAAGAAGAAGAAAAAGUCGAGCUCAAGACGCCGCGGCAGCAGCCAGCCCUCUACCAGAGAAAGCUCGCCCGCGAAAAACAAGAAAGCUUCUAAAGAAAAGAAGUGGGAAGAGACUAACGACAGAGAGAAUGAUAAUCACAGGAGCAGAGACCGCGAGGACAGGAACAGGAAAUAUGACAAACGUGACGAACCGCAGAAAAGAAGGAGCAAGUCUAGAAGGAGAGACGAGAGCCCGCAGCGCCAGGCCUCGCCACAGUACAGACACAAGUCUUAUGUCACUAAGAUAGACAAUCGUAGGGAACCGUCGAGAGAGGGUUCUGAAAAGCGUGCAACCAAGCGCAACCGCAGAGAUCGCUCCAACUCCAACGAGUCCCAAGACAGAGACAAACCAAAGAAACGUCGCGAUAACAGCGGCUCACCCACUGAUAAGCGUAGACGAAAAAGCGACUCCCAGACAGAAAUAGAGAUGACAGAAAUGACUAUAGAAAGGAAAAAGCACCCAGACGCAGAGAAAGCCCAGAAGUCAGAGAUAGACGGCAACGGAGCGAAUCCCCUGACUAUAGAAAGAAUAGAAAAGACGAACGCGACGAGUCCUAUGGAAGGAAGGAUGAUAGAAAUGACAAAAGGAGGAAUAAUCAUGCGUCUAGAAGAAGAGCCGAGAAAGAAGAACCACGACGAGCCGCGCAGAAAUAGAGAGUGUUACGAAGAGCCACGGAGAAACAGAGAGAGCUACGAGGACAGAAAUCAACGCAGAAAGAGAUCGCCCUCCCAAGACAAACGGUCGCCUUCACCGGAGCGAGACCGUUCACCUAAAAAUCGCAACAAUAAAGAUAGAAAAGAACCUGCAAAAUCUUACAAAAAUUCUAGGCCUGAAAGGCACGCCUCGUCUUCAGAAUCUGAGGACGAACAGAAAAAGUCGAAUAAAGCUAAAGAUAAAUCGAGACACUACAAAGACAGAAGCCCGUCCCCGCAAAGGGAGCGUCGACGAAGUCCCAGCCCGGACUACAGGCGGAAACGAUCACCGACUCCUAAGAAGGCGGACAAGUAUAAGAGCGUAGUGAAGCCUAUAGAAAACAAGCGCGAGCGCAGCCGGUCGGGGAGGUCGCCCUCUCCGAGCUCACGGCGGAGGUCGCCCUCUCCGAGCUCACGGCGGAGGUCGCCCUCUCCGAGCUCACGGCGGAGGUCGCCCUCUCCGAGCUCGCGCCGCCGCUCGCCCACCCCCGAGCGGAGGUCACCGACCCCGGACCGCCGGCGGCGCCAACCGUCUCGCUCCCCCGUCAGAGACCGGCGCAGGGAGUUCAGAAAGUCUCCCGACCGAAAACCUUCCCCCAAGACUGUAAACCGAGACCGCGAGAGAAAGGAAAACCACGAGCGCUCCCGAGAACGCGAGCGGCGGGAACGCAAGUCCAGAUCGAGAAACCGCAGCCGCAGCACAUCCAGCCUCAGCUACUCGCCGGCGAGAAGGAGCCCCGAGCGCUACCGUGAUAUUAUCGACCGGUUACCGGAGAAGGAUAAACGUAAAUAUAUAAGGGUCCCGGACAAAAAGAAAACCUCUACCGUCAAGCCCACGGCCGCUUGCUUGCGAAGCUCUUCGAGCGAGAGCGGCGACGGCGGCGAUGGAGACGCGUUGCCACCGGACGAACGCGCGAGACAAAACGAACUAGACCUACAAGAAUUCCACGACUUGAAACUGCGAUUAGCUCAAAAAGCCAAAGCUUCUAUGGAGCGGCGGCGCGACGAAGAAGCGACCACCUCCCGCUCGGAACCACCGGUAGAAACUAAACGUACUCCGACCCCCGAACAGAAGUCCCCUGAGAAACCCAAGGAGGUUGUAAAGGAAGUUAAGGAUCCUGAAGCUAAAAAGGACAAAAGUCCUUUAAACAUAGAAAGUUCUCCCGAUGAACGUCGGAAGGAGGUUCGAAAGCGAAGCAGGAGUUGGUCGCGAUCGUCCGGUUGGCGUUCAUCACGAUCAAAAUCGAGAUCGCGCGGGAAAUCAAGGUCUAAGUCCAGAUCUCGCAAGUCCCGGUCUCGAGAAAAGUCGAGAUCCAAGUCCAGGUCACUGGGUAAAUCGAGAUCGAAGUCACGAUCGCGCGAUAAGUCGCGGUCGAGGAACAAGUCGCGGUCGCGAGGGAAGUCGUCUCGGUCGAGGUCCCGUUCGAGAUCGAGGUCGUCGCGGUCCAGAUCCCGAUCCUACUCGUCGUCAAGAGGUUCCCGUUCAUCGCGGUCCAGUUCUUACAGCAGCCGGAGUUCGUCUCGAUCCUCGCGCUCCACGUCCACUCGCUCCUCAAGAACAAUGACGGGCGUGUACGCCGAUUACCGUAGAUCGGCGCCGCGCUCGCCGGCCGCGCGCGAGCGAGCCGCGCGCCGCGCUCGCGCUCGCCCUCCAUCCCGCGCCGCGCCGGCUCGCCCAGCUUCCUGGACCGCCGCCGCAUCACCAGCGCACGAAAGCGGCCGAUCCCGUACCACAGGCCGACGCCAUCUUCGCAGUCCAGCGGCAGCUAUAGCAGCUCCAGCGAACGCAGCUGGUCGCGUUCGCCGAAACCAGACAGAGACUAAGAAGACCGACUUUGCUUUCUUUUGCCACAGAUUAAAAAAUAGGGAGUAACUUACGCCAUCUGGUGAGGAAGAGCGUAAACUUCAGGGCUGUACAGGUAGAGUUAGUUAUAAUUAUCAAAGAGUUUAGAUUAUGAGAUCUUAAAGUAAAUAGUACCUCUAUUUUGCAGCAUGCAUAUUAUGCGACAACUAGGGGGCACGAUUUUUCCGAAGACCUUUGUACCUACAGCUAAUAACUCUUUAUAAUUACAAUUACUCUUCCAUUAGUAGGAAUCGAAAUGGUUUUGUUUUUCAAUUUGAUUAUUAGAUAAAGAUAUUGCCUGUAACACAAGUUAACUUAUAUUUUUUCAUACCUACGAGCCAAAAUAGUAUGAAUAUGGGUAGAGGGAAUUUAUAUCAUUAUAAUAUUUAUUCACGAUACUUAAGAUACGGGCUUACAAUUUAUAGUUACAAACACAGAACAUCGAGGAAUUCUAGUCAUUUAAGAAUGGUCAUCAUUUAUUAGUGAUACAUUUUCAAAACUGCUUUUUAGUUUUAAAAAUGAAACCUUAAUUUAUUUUUUAGUUAAUUAUUGAAUCUAGUCCAAAUGUAAACAUUCCAGUCAUAUACUUUUUUAAUGUUAUUAUUUUUUAUUUAUUUUUACACUUUACUCAUUGUUGGUAAUAUUAUUUUAAAUUAUUGUUAGAUAUAAGCUAUAACAGUACCAAAAAUACUCUUUAAUAUUUAUAUUUUAAUUAGUAAGGUGCAAUAUAUUUAAUGAAAAAUGAUUAUACAUAUUUACAAUUUCAAAACCUAGUUUAAGUUUACUAGUCAUUCACAGUAAUUUAUUAAACCUAAUAUUGUUCUGAAUUAAAUGUUGUAUUAUAAAAAUAUAAUAACAGAUGCCACAAAAAAUGGUUUCUUGUAUUUGUAGUAGGUAAUUAAGUAUAGCAAGAUUUUUUAAUUACUUAAAAACAUGUGAAAAAGGUUGAAUACUAAAGCAAUAAUUUGUAUUUGGGCGGAUAUUGAAAUAAUACUCAUAUUAACAAAAUAAAUUGUAUUAUAUACACGAUAAUAAAUAACAUAUAAGUCUUUGAUCAUAACGAAUCUCAAUAAAUGCACCAUAAAUAAAGAGUUGGUACCUAUUGCCAGCCACCGCAACAUAAGUUGAAACAAUUCUCAAAUAAGUGGGUAGACAAAUACAUAAAAAAUAUAAUGGAUCCAAUUGCUGUUGUCAAAUAAAUACAUUCCAUUUA